AUGGCAAAUAGCAUUUCUGAUGCUGUCAUAGAUAUUUUAAACAACAGUUAUGUGAUGGUGGAUGAAGAUCUCAUUCUAAAUAAUGAUGGCGAUCGUGAAAAUCUAUACGAAGAGUGCACAGACAAUCCAACGACAGAUGCAGACUACAAUCCAUUAGAUUAUGCAGAGCCUCCUACAGACUACAUUCCUUUAGAGUAUAAAGCAAAAAUUGUUGCUCUUGCUGAAGCACAUCCACAUUGGAAUUUAAAGACACUGCAAAGACAAGGUGGAAGUCAUUUAAAAAGAAAAGAUUAUUUAAUCCAAUGGAAGAAAGAUGUGAAAAGUGGAGGAACGCGAGUAGAUAAAUGGCAAACAAUUGACAAUGAAACUUUUGAACAUUUUCGAGAAGCAAGAAGCUGUUACGAGCAGGUAACAACAAGAACAUUGCAACAAUGGGCAUUAAUAGCAGCUUCUCCUUUUCAAUCGGACACGUUUUCGUUCGAUGCUAGUUCUACCUGGGUACAAGUUUUUAAACAGAAACAUAGAAUAAAACAGCGUCAGAUAACAAAAUAUGUUAGCCGAAGAGAGAUCGCUACUCUAGAAGAAACCACGGAAGCAGAACAAAGAUUCCAGAUACAAACGAGAAACAUUAUUUCUAAUUUCAAUUUGGAUUUCGUAAUUAAUACUGACCAGACGGGGUGCAAUUAUCAAACAACGUACAAUAAAUCACUCCAGUUUAAAGGAGUAAAGACAGUGUUCUUGAAAAAGCAAAAUUUAAAUAAAAUUACACAUUUGUAUACGGCACAAUAUAGCAUGACUGCAUCGGGGAAAUUGCUUCCACUUGUGUAUAUAUGCUUGCAAGAAUCUACAAAUAAAUUUGGUCCUAUAAUAUCCAAAACGGUUGAUAAAUUGACUGCAGAAUUUGGUAAUGUUGUUGUUACUUGUUCCAAAUCAGGAAAAUUAACUAAAGAAUUAUAUAAAAACUAUUUAGAAACAACGUUAAAAUCGUAUGUGAAAAAUGACAAAUUCCUUUUAAUAAUUGAUUCAUGGGGAGGACAAACUGAUGCUGCUUUACAUGAUGAAAUUUUUUGGAAUGAUGAUGGAGAUGCAACAUGCACUCUGAAAAUAAUUCUUGCGAAAUGCACCCCAUUUUGUCAACCAUGCAAUGUCUAUUUUUAUCGACAAGUCAAACUUCUAAUAAAACGAUUGCAAAAUGCUCCAAUAUUAAUAAAAGAAGAAAGAGAAAUAGCAUCUCGUGAGGAUGCUAUUAAAAUUCAUUCUAUAGUGCACCAUCAGUUGAGCGCUCCUUCUUUUGAAAACAUGAUUAAAUAUGCUUGGUACGCUGCAAAAUUAUUGGAAGAAAGAAAUUUUUUUUCAAAUGUUAACGAUAUUUGCUUUCCACCAACAAUUGCAAAGCAGAAGUGCCCCUGUACAGAGAUUUCUUUUAUAAAAUGUGCUUGGUGCGCUAUAUGUUUUUGUUUUAAAUGUUUUUAUGAUAUAUAUCAUCCAAACAAAUGUUUUGGAUAUAAAGAUGGUGACGAUGCCGAAUGA